AAUCAUAGAGCAACGUGUCUCUGUCAUGGCAGCUGCUCCAGGUGGCAGUUUUCUGAGCACUGUCUCCAGUUGAUCACAGCAGGAAGAACCAGUGCCUCAUCUUCCUCACCCGGACGGGGGAAAUGCUGUGACAGAUGUAUUUAAAGAGACCUGCAGCUGGUCUCGCCUUCUGUCUCUUCUAUUUGGCUUCUUAUUUCACCAACAAGUAUGUCCUGUCUGUCCUGAAAUUCACCUACCCUACCCUUUUUCAAGGGUGGCAGACAUUAGUUGGUGGAUUUCUGCUCCAUGUCUCCUGGAAGCUGGGCUGGGUGGAGAUCAGUUGCAGUUCAAGUUCUGAAGUACUGACAUGGCUCCCGGCUUCAGCGCUUUUUGUGGGCAUUAUCUAUGCAGGUUCCAGGGCAUUAGCUAGACUGCCAAUUCCUGUGUUCCUUACUGUCCACAAUGCAGCAGAAGUUAUAACCUGUGGAUUCCAGAAGUUUGUGCAGAAAGAGCAGACCUCUCUCCUAAAAAUCUGUAGUGUGCUAUUCCUUCUGAUCGCAGCAGGGUGCCUUCCUUUGUUUGACACGCAGUUUGAUCCAGAUGGCUAUUUCUGGGCUCUAAUUCACUUGAUCUGUGUUGGGGUUUACAAAGUCAUUCACAAGUUGUGGAAAACUAGUUCCUUAAGUGAUUUAGACCAACAAUAUAUAAACUAUGUAUUCAGUGUGGUGCUUUUGGCCUCUGCAUCCCAUCCAGCAGGUGAUCUCUUCAGUGCCUUGGACUUUCCAUUUCUGUACUUCUACAGAUUUCACAGCAGCUGCUGUGCCAGUGGACUGUUGGGAUUCUUUCUGAUGUUGCACACAGUGAAGCUAAAAACCAUCACAUCCUCAUGGCAAUAUGCAGCCUGGAGUUUCCUUGCAAAGGCUACCACCAUUUCCUGUGCUGAUCCUUUUCUCUUUUGUAACCUUGAAAGUCUGGAGGCUGAGGUGAAGAAUCAUUCAGAAUGCAAACACACAAGCUGUGGGCUUAGCCUUGGAUCAAGUGUGGUUUACCGCGAAGCAGCAGAGCAUUAGAACAACUGGUCACUCCAUAAAACUGGAAGGCAGUAAUUUUCAAACAGCUAAAAGGCAAUGCUUCUUCGAUUCAAUAUACUGCAUAAUUAACCUGUGAAAUUCAGGCCAUAAAAUGAACAAUAUUGAGGCAAUCAGUUUAGUAGGAUUAAAGAGAGGAUUGUACAUUUUACAGGUCUAGUCCUGCUCCAGUGAAGUCAGUGGCAACACUCUUGCUGACUUCAACAGGAGCAGGAACAGACCCUGUAUGUAUGGCAUUCUUUCUAGGACAAAAGCGCAAGGACUAGCAAACCACAUGCUCCAGAGCAAAAAGUGAACACAAAUGAGGGUCAAGAAGAAAUCUCCCUCCCUCUGCAGAAUACAUCUGUAGCACAGCUAGUUGCAUUAUCAGAGGAUUAUACAUUCUUCUGAAACCUCUUACAUUGGCUAGUACCAGAGACAGGAUACAUCAGCAGACAAACCAUUGGUCUGUUCCAUUACAGCAGUUCCUAUCAUUCUAGCACAUAGAACAUAUUACUUUUUUUUUGUUGCUGUCAUUUCAUGCACACCUAUUACACUAUAUACAAGUGUAAUAACCAUAAUAAUAAUAAUUAAUAGGACAAAUCAGUUAUCCCUACUAACUUCUUGGACUCAACUGUCCGAGAAGAAAGACACCAGCAGUUUGAGGCGUCUGGAGUUAAUGGGAAGAAAUUGGGGGGAAAAGAGGACAUUUUAGGGUGUUGAAGUGACAGUGGAGAAAAAACAAUGUCUUAUAUGGUGUCCUUCACUGAGCACUGGGGGAUAGCAACACGUCAGUCUUUAAUGAGAGGGUUUUUUGACAAUGUGACGUAUUGAAAAUAUUAAUUUUGUCCCUUGGGAAUUGAUUAUAUAGUCUCAAAUAGCUAUCUCUUGAUCUAAUGUGCAUGUACCAACAGCAGCAAGAAUGGAAAAAUAAUCUUCUUAUAAAAUCAGAAAGACAAAGUUAGUUGGGCCUAAUGAAAUUCACUAUUUCCAGUCCGUCAGUGCCCUGGGUUAUCCUCAUUUGACAAGACUUCAACUGUUGCUUGGAUUCUCCAGUGCUCCUUGGCUUCAGCUAAGCAGGCUUUGUUAAUAGAGGAUAUACUUGUGCACCUGUUUGAAUCUUGGCUGAAAGCAGUUUUAUACAACAAAGCAGACCACAUGGAGAACUUGUAUGCAUAAAGUUCUCUUUUCUUCUUUGAACUGGUGAAAAAAAUCACUGUCUGGUUUACAUAUGCAGUGGUCACAUUGCAGAGAAAUCUUUUAACACAAACCAAAGCAGAGUUAAAAUUGAGUUGAGUACUAUAACAGCUCUGCAUUUUAUAGGCCGAAGCUGUCUGGUGUAGUGCCACCAAUCACAUUACUCAUAGGAAGGGGGAAUGUGUGUUUUGGCCAUUGGCAUCAGUAGCAGAUACCAUAUGCUUCUUGUUUUGGUUCUCUCUGUAUUAUUACAGGACGUCUGAUGUUUGGGUACAAGAGAGAAGGUAGGGUGGGAUGGAUAUUUGAUGGCCAAAAAGAAAUAGCUACCACAAUUUCAACCAAGUCUUGAGUUUUAUGAGAGAAAAAAGGUUUUUGUUAAAGUCUCAAGAUGUCUUUUGUUUUUGGGGAAGUAAUUAAAGUGAGUUAUGACAUACUUGCAAUA